CUGAGAUGGAUGGUGAACUUGCCAGAGGCAGACGUGAUUCCAACACUGACCUGCCACAGUGGGAAUAAAGAGGAUCUUGAUGAUUUAAGAAUGGAGGGAGUAACUACCCUGCUACCUUCUGGGAGCAAAUUUAACCAAGGUCGUGCUACUCACCCUGCUGAACUUCAGGCCAAGGUCACACUGAACAUCUGUUCAAGGUGUGCCAGGCUUCAAGGAGACAACCUGGCAGAAAGAACAGAAGAAACAUCACAAAUCUUGCAUUCUCCAGAUGAAAUAAUUCCAGAUUCUCUGGAUUCUUUACCUGGAACUGAAGAAGCAUUAAUGGAAGAGGGUGAAGAAUUUGAGAAAGCAUCUAAAUUAACAGGACCUGGAGAAGCCUCCAGUGGAGGACAGUCAUUGAAAAACUACAUAGAAGAAGAUGAAUCUUUAAAGCAAUUACAGGUAGUUCAUCAGCCCUGGAUCUUGCCAAGUGACACAGAAAGUGAAGGAGUGGAAGCUGAACAAGAGAAAUGUGAGUAG